AUGGCAAAUAGGAUGUUGGAAGGAAACUUUAUCUAUAGAGUUAUAAUUAUUGGAGACUCUGGAGUAGGCAAGAGUAACCUUCUGUCUCGAUUCACUCGCAAUGAGUUUAACUUGGAAAGCAAAAGCACCAUUGGAGUAGAGUUUGCAACAAGGAGCAUUCAAGUUGAUGGGAAGACAAUAAAGGCUCAGAUAUGGGACACAGCAGGGCAGGAGCGAUACCGAGCUAUAACAUCAGCGUACUAUCGUGGAGCUGUAGGGGCAUUAUUGGUGUAUGACAUUGCUAAGCACCUUACUUACGAGAAUGUAGAGCGAUGGUUGAAAGAGCUGAGAGAUCAUGCUGACAGCAAUAUUGUGAUCAUGCUUGUGGGAAACAAGAGUGACUUACGCCACCUGAGAGCAGUACCUACAGAUGAAGCCAGAGCUUUUGCAGAGAAGAAUGGUUUGUCAUUUAUCGAGACAUCUGCUUUAGACUCAACAAAUGUGGAAGCAGCUUUCCAGACUAUUCUGACAGAGAUCUAUCGUAUUGUUUCCCAGAAGCAAAUGUCCGACAGACGUGAAAACGAUAUGUCUCCAAGCAACAACGUGGUUCCCAUUCACGUCCCUCCAACCACUGAAAACAAACCAAAGAUGCAGUGCUGUCAGAAUAUAUAGAAUUGUUCAUUCUUUCCUGAAAGGCUGUGUAUAUUCCCCAGGUCCAAGAUUUAAAUAUAUUUGUAAUUCUCGUGGUUACUUUCUUGUGUUUAGUUACUGCUUAUUCCUUCUGAAUUUCUCCAUGUCUUAAACACUUUGAUUUCAGUGUUUAUAAAUCUAUUGCUUCUAUGUGGCUGCAGUAGUUUCUCAACACAGACUUGUCGCUUUUGGUUCAGUAAAUAUUUGGGAACUGAACUGAUCUCUUUCCAACACGAUGCCCGCUAGUCAGAGCACAGACACCUUUAGUGAGCACUUGAAGACGUUAUUCUGCUCCUCACAAAACAAUUACUGUCAGGUUAACUAGGAAAAUAUCUCUGGGCGGGAUUUCCUUGUCUUAAGGUGUUGUGUACUGCAUCUAAAGCUUGAUGAAAUGCCCGUUGCUCUGAAGUGCAAUUUUAAUGUAAGUUAAAUGUUUUUGGCUACAUCUUCAGGUUGUCAAGUUAAGGAUUUUUUUUUUUUUAAUAGAAUAUUAUGGGGGAGAAAAGAGAAUUUCUUGUGAACAAGCAGCAGGCAGGGUUCUCGCUACCUGUGAAAUGAGCUUUUGUGGUUUGGCACCU